ACGAAGUCCACUUCCACCCUCCCGAGUCUUCACCAACCAUCUCCACCAUCCUGGAAGAGGACUGAAGGAAGGAUGGAAACGGAAGUCGGUGAGCACGGCGGCAGCGCCGGUGGCCCUGCUCCUUUCCUCCUCAAGACGUACGAGAUGGUGGACGACGCCUCCACCAACGACGUCGUCUCGUGGAGUCCUUCCAUGAAUAGCUUCGUCGUCUGGAAUCCUCCCGACUUCGCCGCCCACCUCCUCCCUACCUACUUCAAGCACAACAACUUCUCCAGCUUCAUCCGCCAGCUCAAUACUUACGGGUUCCGAAAGAUUGAUUCGGAGAGGUGGGAGUUUGCAAAUGAGGAUUUUAUCAAGGGGCAGAAACACCUGCUCAAGAACAUCUAUAGACGCAAGCCCAUCCACAGCCACAGCCGCCCGCCGGGUGGUGGUCUUGCUGAUUCCGAGAGGAUUGCUUUGGAGGAGGAGAUUGAUCGGCUCAAAAGGGAGAAAGCCAGCCUCCAGAUGGCUGUCCAGAAGUUUGAACAGCUGCACUCAGGGACUAAGAUUCAGCUUGGUGAUGUCGAGCGGAGAGUAGCAGAUAUGGAAAAGCGGCAACUCAAGAUGGUUGCCUUCUUGCAGCGUGUCAUGCAGAACCCUCGGUUGAUGGAGAAUCUUGUGAAGAUGGUGUCAUCCUCGUCGAUCGACUUCUCGGUGAUCCAUAAGAAGAGGAGAUUGCCACUUGGUGCAGAUCACUGCCAGGAGAAUUCGGAGAACAGCUUAUGCGAUGACCAUUGCAGCACAUCCAAGUUUGAAUUCGGCCAUGCACUCAAUCAGGAUUUUUGUGAUAAAUUGAGAUUAGAACUGUGCUCUGCCUAUUUAGACAGCAAUGUGGUCAUGGCAAGCACUCAGAGCUCCAAUGAAGAUACUUGCAGCUCUCGUCCAAAGCAAAUCAACCGUAGUCAUUGUACAAUAGAGUCCCUUACUUUGGCACCUGAGACGCUGGAGCUUUGCGAUACAGGAGCAUCCAUUUGUCCAACGAAGAAUCUUUUGUUUCCAAAGACAGCGGAUGAUGGGGAUGGGAUCUUUCCAUGCCAUUUGAGUCUGACACUUGCAUCAUCUGCAAUGCAAAUAGAUAGAAGUGACUAUUCAAGUAGGAUACCAGAUGCAGUGAAUCAAGAGGAAGCCAAUUCGACAGAGAUGAACAAUAUUGUCACAACUAAGGAAAAUGAACUCAACACGCUGAUCUCUGCUGGUGCAAGAGCUGCACCUUUGCAAGAGGCUCCAACGACUAGUAAUGAAACACCUGCGGUUCCUGCAGUUAGAGUUAAUGAUAUGUUCUGGGAGCAGUUCCUAACUGAAAGGCCAGGAUCAUCAGACAAUGAAGAGGCAAGCUCUGGUUUAAGGGCAUAUCCUCGUGGUGAGCAAAACGAGGAGAGACACAGAAAAUGAAUGCAUAUGGAAAAUCUAAAACUUUGGUUUUUCCCAUAGAGAAAUAGUAAAGAAUAAGGAAAGGAGCUUUUGGUUUUAGUCUGGUCAUCUUAUAGUCAUUGUGUGUAAUGUUGCUGGGUUAACAAUCACAGGCCUUAUCAGUAAGAGCAUAUGUUAACAAUCUGAGAGCAUGUGUACUGCUACAACUGUUGUUAUCCGCAUGUCAACAUGAUAUUAAAAAGACUGUUUUGCUGCAACACCAAUGUCUUAAGCAUUUUAUCAAGACCAAGAGCCAGCAGGUUGUUUUAUGCUCUCGCUGUUUUUCUACCUGUUUGUUCUCGUUCGUGCAUGGAUAAGAGAAUUGAACUAAAACUUGGUUGUAAACUGUGGAUCCUGGGAGGACUUCAACUAUCCAACUGAUGAAUAGCUUCGUAAGACUCAUUCCAGGACAAAGUGUUAGUAGGUUGAAGAUAAAAGGACCAAGACAUGAAAGUCAUUAAUGAGUUUCUUACUUCCACCAAUCUUUUUAUGCAAUCUAUUUUCUAUGAAUUUUGUAAUUCUCACCCUUCUUUUCCAUUAGGAUUUUAUAUUUUGGUUCAUCAUUACCUUAUAAUGGGUGACAAUUUAUGGGGCCUUCUAUAUUA